GAGAUGACGUGCUCGGUUUAAAACCUCGCGGGACCCUCGUGUCGGGGCAGUCUGUAAGAAGGGCAGCAGGAACAGUCGGGCUGCACGAGGAGUCUCUCAUCACACACUGAAACACAAACACCGACACAGACACACACACACACCUGGCGGAAACCAGCCGGCCUUCCUCUGAGUCUGGAUCUGCGGGCGCUGGUGUAAAACAACCACAGCAGGAGAGGAGGAGGUUCAAACAUGGCCGAACAGAGGAGAACCAGCUUCUCCGGUGUGAUGAUCGCCGCUCUGCUGGCUGUGAUGCUGCUGCCUGCGUUCUUGUCUGCUGGACCGAUUGCGCAAAAGCCCAAAGGUGAUGCGGGGGAAAGUAUUCAGGAGAAGGCGGACGCCGCGGCGCUGCACAGGAGGCUGAUCCGCAACCGCAGGAACAUCAGCUGGUACAAGCAGCACUCCGACUUCUGGAGCUGGUACAAAUUCUUCACGGACAACGGCAACCAGGAGGCAGUUCAGGAGAUGGAUCGCAUCUACUUGGCCUACCUCCAGAACAAGAACCGCGCCGAGGGACGUCGCUCCUACAAGGCCUACCUGGCCCACCUGGGGGAGAUCUACAAAUCCUGCGCCGAGUCCGACGACCCCAACUGUGUCGCGACUCACACCACCAGGCCCAAACCAGAGCCCCCCAAACCUGCGCCAAUCAAGACCUGUGAUCCCACCAAGGACCCCUACUGCCUGUACAUGGCUUUGGUCCAGGGCAAGAGCCCCUACCAGCCCCUCGUGCUCCCAGUUGCCAGCCCUGCCCCAGCACCAGUCAAGGCCCCUGCCCCUCUCUAUGUCCGCUCUGCUGCUCCAGCCAAGGACCCACAGUCUGGGUAUUACUACUAUGCUCCAUCUGCAGCGCCUUUCCUUUCCAAGGAGCAGAAGGCCGAGCUGCUGCGUAUCUGCUCUUCUGACGACGUGGAGUGUCUGCAGUACCACCUCAGAGCUGCCCAUGGGUAUAAACCCUCUGCCGGGCCCCUCCCUUCGUACGCCCACCUCGGCUGUGACCCCAAGAAAGACCCCACCUGCAAACCCAAACUGGUUCAGAAAGCUCCUUCUGGUCUUUAUCUUCAGUAUCCUAACUGCGACCCGCUCCGCGAUCCCUACUGCGCCUACGCUGCCUCCCUUGUGGCUCCUCGUGCUCCUAACCCGCCCGCCCCAGCUGGGCCUGGGUCCUGCAACCCUCUUUUUGAAGAUGGCUGCAACCCCCUCACCGCAACCAAAUUUUCUACUCCCCCAGAGGAGUACAGAAAUGGGGAAAAAGAUGAGGCUGCUGCUAUUCGUGCUGCCCCUCCUGCCGCUGAGAACAACUACGACCCCUAUGCCAUGUUUAGGGAUGCUUACGCUAAUGCUAACAGAGUUACUGAUCCUUAUGCCAUGUACCGCCAGGCUAGCACCCCCCCACCUCCAGUCAACGACCCAUAUGCCAGACUACGCCAAUACAUGACCCAAGCUCAAGCUAAUGACCCGUAUGCUCCACGCAUGGAGGCUCCUCCACGCAUGGAGGCUCCUCCUGAGUCUAAUCCUAACGACCCUUUCUCUGCUAUCCGUGAGGCAAUGGCUGCUAUGCAUCGCCGUGGCCCUCCCACCCCCAGAAGUCAGCACCCAUUUGCCACUCCCAACUAUGAGGAGCCUGCCCCAGAGGCGCGCCACCCUCUCGGCCCACCAGGUAAAACUAAGGAGGGCUAUGACUGCUUCAUCGGCUACGACCGCGAGUGCUACCCCGUGAAGCCCAAUGAGCCCCGCUCCGGAGUCCACCGCCGCAUGCCCUACCCCGCCGAGGCCUACGAGCCCCACCUGAAUGCUGACGGAACCCGCAACGGAGUCCUGGAGCCCUCCAACCCGCACUGCGACCCCGAGUACGACCGUGACUGCCGCCUGCGUCGCUACGAGCCCGAGCAGCCCCACGCCGAGACCCAGCCCGAGCACCACGUCGAGGAGGACCACAGUCAGGGGGCGGCAGAGAGCGAGCGUCAAACCGAGCAGCAAGAGCAGGAGCAGUACGAGGCAGAGCCCUACCAGAGCGGCCAGGAGGAGCCCCACAUGUCUUACCAGCCGUUCUCGCAGGGUAUGCCCAGCCUCCAGGACAUACUCAGACGCUACGGAGACCAGUACCCCGGGCAGGAUGAUCACAGAGCUUAUACGGAUGACUACCGCAAGUAAUUAACACCCCAACACACAUGCAUGCAGAUGGACAUGAAUACACAGCCACGUGCGUUCCUGUUGCUUAGUCCUUGAACGCCUCACGCACCAAGCUUCCAGCUCCAACUGGACCAAGUAUGGGACACAGGUGAAGUCAAUGGACCCAAUAAGCAAGUACAUCCAAACAUAGCUUCCUGCUGUAGGAGCACGCUCAGAAACGUUGUCGGAUCACACCUGACUUCCUCUGCCCAUUCGCUGUUUCCGACACGUUUGCUUCGGCGUAUCGUUUUUUCUGCUUUCCACUUCAAACCUCAUUACAAACACUCAGUUGUGUAGUGACUUCCUCAGCUUUGCUUGUGUAUCUAUGCAUCUCACUUUUUAAAGAUUUGUUUGUUGCUUUUUGUCAAUGAUGGAUUAUGUAAAGAUUUUUUUUUUCCAUUUGAUUGUUCUAAUAAAAAGCUUCAGAAAGCU